AUGCGAAUUUCACAGAAUAAUCAAAGGCGACGGGAGAAGAGACUGUUCUUCCUCGUCGCAUCUUUUGUUACUUUGUUGAUACCCUGCCAUGCAGUUCUCGUGCCUUGGUUAGACAAUGACCCAUUUGAAGAAGCGCCCAUACUGAUGAGAGAAGGUACAUGGAGCAAGGGCAUGUUUCCGUUGCACCCAUCUAAAGUUACCGAGAAGAAUAAAAGUUUAAAACGAAAAGGUACUGUGCCGCAAUAUGUUGUUGAUAAUAGCCCUCUGCUUCAUUUAUAUAGUGAAGAAAGGUACUGGCCAUCUGACGUCAAUGAUUUUGUAAAGAGGUUUCAGUUACGAGACCAUAGUGGAGAAAAAACUAUUCAUAAACGCUUUCAUGAUUUAAGUGACUUGCGAGAGUAUUAUUCGGUAGAAUUUGAGAACGGAACGCGGGGUCAAGUAUCUAGUGAAGGUACAUACAUGACAAGUUUAGAUGAUUUUGAUAAAGAUCCCGACUGGUUGUUAGGUGAACAACCAGAAUAUGGUACGGGUCACAUAAAGAAAGCACCAGCAGUUCUUUUUGUGGUUGAUAAGGGAAAUGGUUGGGUAGAUGCAUUUUGGUUUUACUUCUAUCCUUUCAAUUGGGGUCCCUAUAUUAUGGGAUCUGGGCCAUGGGGGAAUCACGUUGGAGAUUGGGAACAUUCUUUAGUACGAUUUUAUAAAGGAGAACCACAGUAUCUAUGGAUGAGUGCUCAUGGAGGUGGUACUGCUUACAAAUUCGAAGCUAUUGAAAAAAUUAAAAGAUUGCGUCGUAUCGAUGGAAAAUUGACAAACGAGGUUAUCAAAAAGCCAUUGAUUUUCAGUGCAAGAGGGACACAUGCACAUUAUGCAUCAGUCGGUCAACAUGCGCACGAUGUUCCUUUCUUCUUCAUGCCGUUGAGUGACUUUACUGAUAGAGGUCCAUUGUGGGAUCCUUCUUUGAAUUUUUAUGCUUAUACAAUUACUGUGGGUGAGAAGGUGACACCUUGUGGUGCUGAAGAAACUAAAAUGGGUCUGGAGUGGCUGUCGUUCAAGGGCUCUUGGGGUGAUAAACAACUAAAGCCCAGUGAUCCCAGACAAAAAUGGUGCCCAUUUCAAUGGAAAUAUAUUGAUGGGCCAAGAGGUCCACUAUUCAAAAACAUGCAAAGAAUUUCUUUAUGCCAAAGAUUUAAAUGGUGGAAUUUUUGGAAGGGCUGUCCAGCAAGAAGAUCUAUUAAAAGAGGUGAAGGUUUGGAUGCGGAAAAGAAUGAUCUUGUGGGUGACAAUUGUGGUAUUUUGUUGUACAAUAUAAGACCAAAGUGGCUGCGUAGCAUGCUUCGUUUUUUGACGUGGAGAGGAAGCGUGUGUUUCAUUAUGGAUUACUUCACAGGGUAA